AAACUGAUGGACCUAAUUACGCCUCUCUCGUAAGCGUUUGGUUUUCGAGAAAGUGCUUGCCGGGAAAAUUUUUCAAACCUUUAUUUUCUCGAGAAAAACAAAAAAAUCCUAAGUACCCAAUGAACCGUCAGAGUAGUAGUCCUCUUUUAUCUUCCUGACGCCGUCUCUGCAUCUCCUGGUUGAUUAGAUGCAGUCCUGGUUGAUUAGAUGCAGUCGCGAUUUGUGAUCUGAUCGGCAAGAGAAUUAUAUCGCUCUCAAGAUUGGAAUAUCCUAUCUCCGUCGCCUCGGAAAUGGAGCAGUAUGACAUGCAUGGAGUUAGACGAGAUAUGAAGCACAAAGGAAGGAAUGUGGUAUGGUCAAUUGCGAUGGACAAGUGCCUUAUUGAAGCACUUGCUGUUCAGGCUAAAAAUGGGAACAAAAUUGACAAAUGUUUUAAUGAAAAUGCUUACACUGCCGCUUGUAUCGCUGUGAACUCUCGUUUUAACUUGAAUUUGAAUAAUCAAAAAGUUGUCAAUAGACUAAAGACAAUUAAGAAAAGGUAUAAGAUAAUGAAGGAUAUGCUAAGUCAAGAUGGAUUCGGGUGGAAUCCAAAUACGAAGAUGGUUGAGUGUGACAAUGAAGAUCUUUGGAAGCGAUACAUUACAGCACACCCUGAUGCAAGAGGAUUUCGAGGUAAACAGAUAGAGAUGUAUGAUGAAUUAAAAAUUGUUUGUGGAAAUUAUCAAGCCCCAAGUCGCUGGGCUAAGAUGAAGGAUGGAAGCCACCCAACAGAUUUAAAGAAUUGUGAUUAUGACUCUGCCUCUUAUCUUUCCCCAAGUACAGAAUACCUGAGUGAGACAGAUGGAACAGAAUCAUAUACUGGAACACCAGAAUAUGCCCAGAUGCCAGAUGGAACUCAAGAUCCUCCUCUGGGCCAGCCUUUCAGACAACUCCCAAAACGGUCCCGUGGCUCAGAGGCUCUCCAUGAUGCCAUGUUAGCAGUGGCAUCCAGCAUUCGGCGCUUGGCUGACGUGAUGGAGCGAGGCAAAUGCUCAAUUGAUGCCCAUGAGCUACUACAGGCAGUGAUGGAGAUUGAUGGCUUAGAAGAGGCCAAACAGAUGUAUGCUUUUGAGUAUUUGAAUGCCGACCCCAUCAAAGCAAGAGCCUUCUUGACGUACACUGCUCGAAUGAGGAAGAUAUAUUUGUUUCGACAGUUCUGGUGGUGGAAAUGAAUGUAGGUCCCAGGCUUGCAGCAUUUUGGGUAAAUAGCUUAUGAUGUUUUGGGUGUUUUGCUGGACAAAAUGCGCAUUAUCAAAUCAUCUCUUGUUAGGUGAAUGUAUAGAUUAGAUAUUCACAGGGUGGAUAUAAUUGGCUAGAAGCUGGGAUUGUAAAUACAUUUUCUGGCUUCCUUGCUGCCUCUUUUGAAAGUGAAGCGUGUAUGAAGUUUAAGAAGAUUUUUCUUGGUUUUUCGCGUCUGUAAGAGAUCAGUUUUAAGACUUAGCAUGGAAUUUAACGUGUAUAUUGGCCACCGAAAACUGCUUUUAAGCCCUUGUCUUGAAGCCUUCUGACCUUAUUGUUUUAUUUAAAGUA